UCUUCCUCUCGUGUAUCUUACCCCGCAAACUCUUCAACUCAUGGGCCGCUGGACGCAAAAGGAUGAAGAUCCGUAUCGCCUCCCGGAGGGGAUGAAGCGAGUGGCCUAUGAUGACUACACCGAAACGUACUACUUCCUCGACAGUGACGGCAGUAUAUGGGCAGGUGUCCCAGGUGAGGAGUACGGCGUGAUGACGCGGGUGAGAGACACCCCAGAUAUCGUGAAGGGGGUGCUGGCCGACUCGAAGGGCUCCCAAACCGAGGAUUUUGGCAAGCGAGUUGAAGAUGCACCAUCUGUUGAAGAAACUGGAGACCAGGAGACACUUGUCGGUGAUUCUGACGAUGACGGAGAGGCGGAGAUCGGCACAGUCGAAGACGUACCUCCUCUCAUGAGUCGUCUUCACCCGGAAAGUCCUACAAGUGCGCAUCCGACGAAAGAGGUAGCAUCGGGAACGAAACGCCACCUAUUCCCCCAUUAUGCAAGACUCAUCAGGGAACACAAGACCAUUACAAACGUCUUGAGGCACCUUGGGAGACAUCCAGAAGAUGAACGCGACCCAGAACGCGCCGCAGAGGACCUAGCCACCUUUCUCAGUGCAUGUAAUCAUCCUUCAGUCACUAAGACUGCCUAGAAGUCAGCUCUGUAGGUACUUAUUUUGCGGUCGUUCGUGCCUGUACGAUUUUGUGUAUUUUCGCUUUGAUUUCGUCUUGUUAUCGAGUCGCUCGUCGUUUUAUUUAUUAUCUUUAUCAGGCC